UCAAAGCAAGUCCGGAUCAACCAGUGUCAGCGACGCCUUCGGUCGCUCCAAGUAAUUUAAAUCACAUUUUCUAAUUUCGAUGAGAUCUCCGUGAUAAGGGGUUAUUUAAAGAUCUGGAUCACUCUCCGCUCAGACCUGUGUUUAAAGCUGGUCGCUUGUGAUUGGAUCAGCAAAGAGGAAGCGGCUUGUCCUUCAUCGUUCCCCCCCCCCGAGCAUGAACCCACCCCUGCCGCUGUAGAACGGAACAUCGCUGCGGAUCCAGAUGGGGAACAGCGCUCUGAAGUCUCACCUGGAGACCUCCCAGAAGACGGGGGUGUUCCAGCUGACGGGGAAAGGGCUGCAGGAGUUUCCAGAGGAGCUGCAGAGGCUCACCUCCAACCUCAGAACGGUAGAUCUGUCGGGAAAUAAGAUCCAGACGCUCCCUCCCUCCAUCGGGAACUUCCUGCUACUGAAAAGCCUGACGCUGAAUUCCAACCGGCUGACUGGCCUCCCCGGAGACAUCGGGAAGCUCAAGAAGCUGGAGACGCUGAGUCUGAACGGGAACCUGAUCCAGGAGCUGCCGCCCUCCCUGGGCCAGCUCAAAGCGCUGCGGACCCUCAGCCUGGCCGGGAACCGGAUCUCAGAGUUCCCCUUGGGACUCGGCACGCUGAGGCACCUGGACGUUCUGGACCUGUCGCGAAACAAAAUCCAAAACGUACCCGCAGCGGUGUCGGAGCUGCAGGCCAUAGAGAUCAACCUGAACCAGAACCAGAUCUCCGCGGUGUCUGUGGAGGUCUCUCGCUGCCCGCGCCUAAAGGUCCUCCGUCUGGAGGAGAAUUGCCUGGAGCUGUCCUCCAUCCCUCACGCCAUCCUGACCGACUCUCAGGUGUCCCUGUUCUCGGUGGAGGGGAACCUGUUCGAGGUGAAGCGGCUCCGGGAGCUGGAAGGCUACGAAAAGUACAUGGAGCGCUUUACGGCCACCAAGAAGAAGUUCGCCUGAGGGACCCCGCUCGCCCGCCACAGCUCCAGCUCCACGCAAAGCUUCUUCCUUCCGCUGCUACAAGUCAGGGUAGUGUUCAGAGUGCUGCACAAAUAGCCCAACCUGCACAGACGCGUCCCAUUGGACGCUCGGCCGGGUCACUCAGAAGACGUCACGGUUACAGGUAACUCUUUAACGGAGCCUUCGGUGGGAUAGCAACAUCUGGCAACAUCCGGCAGACUGUGAGUUCACAAACGCUUCGAAACUAAACCGAAUGUGGCAUCGACGCAUAUUUCCGCGGACGGAAUGAGGAACGAGUUGAUGGAACUCUGAGAACCCACGCCUGAACUGAAACAUGAAACGCAGCAAGAACAAACUCUUCUGGGUCUUUUUUUUAAUAAGAUACUAUGUUGUCACGGGAUACUAACAGCCUGCUUUAUGGAGGAGCACAUCCUAAAACCCCAGUAACCCACAGCCAGUGCUUGUCUUCAGUUAGUAGUUUCUGAUGGUCUCUAUCUAUAUAUAUAUAAGCCUGUGAAGCUAUUCUCUGUAAAAAGAUCAUAUUCUGUGUCCUUUGCAUGUCCCUUUGCCAUUUUUUCGGACAGUUAAGAUCGUGUGGAGGGCAAAAGAAGGAUGAUAAUAAGUUUGAAUUAUUAUUUAUAACAAUAACUACAUUGUUUGUUUGUUUGUUUUUUAGCAAAGCAUGAGAUUUUAACAUGUAGAAAAACUGCAACUGCAGUUGGGCGGAUGCCUUUUGGUCAGAUAACUUUCCUUGAAGCUGAGAAAUACCUUUUUGUAGUUCACGUUCAGGAGGCUUGAGCUGGUGUUCCCAAAUUGAAGACGGAAUAAAGAAAAUAGCAUAUUAAAACAGUCUUGUAACACUCAGAACACAGACUAAAGUAAAUAAAACAUUACAAAAUGUUAAGCGUUAUGUAAACCCAUUUUGUUUAUGAACAUUUAUUCGCUGUAUUUAAUAUGAAUGAAACAUCAUCUGAGCUCUGAACUCCAGCCCUAGAAGCACCUCUCACAAUGGGUACGAUGCAAAUAAGAGAAUCUUUAUAUCAUCACAACCUUGUUUUCCCCCCCUUUUUUCAAAUUUAGCAUUGUGGAACAAAGACUAUGAAAUGAUUACUGAAACAUUAACAUCAGAGAUCCAGUAAAUUACAUUAAGUGUAACGGUUUUGGGUUGUUAUUUUGGGUUGUAUAAAGGGAUUGUAAUCUAUCUAAGAAGACUGCAAGUUCUCCCUUCAGCAAUGUGAAGUCAACGUUUUCUUCAUCAUCCCAUAUAGUGGAAAUGGUUUCCGGCCAGGAUUGACAGUGUCAAAAUAAACUGAAACAAAAAAGUCUUUAUUCAUCCCCAGUCGGAGGAAUUUAAAUUGUCAAGUGGCCUAAAUUGACACAGAUUUCACAUUAAAGGAAAUGAAUAAAUUAAAUAAGUACAUUAUUCAAAUCAAAUGAACGGAUAAUGAUAAAUCAGAAGUAAAGCAGAAGUUAGAUGGCAGUGAUAAAAAUAAAAACCUGUUGAGGGAAUGUUUGUUGUUCUCCAGACCAGAAAAUAUCUGCUGCUCCACCACCAUUCUCAGAGGGUCCAGUCCUCUUCCUACUAAAUAACAGAUCAUUUAUAAAAGAUUGCAUAGGUUCAUAUGGCUCCAAUGUGUAUGUAUGCCCAAAAGCUGAACAUUUUAUUGGCCAAAAAAAUAAUUAUUUAGAUUUAGAAAACAAUGCACCACACACCAUCACAUCAUUUCCCCUUUUUUAAGUCACAGCUGCAGUUUGUGUUCAAGGUUCUGCCUCAUGUUCACGCCCACAUUAAGCCAUAAAUGGCCAAUGCAAAACACCACGAGAGAGUCAAUUCAGAAAAGAGCAAAGAAUCACAAUUUCACCAAGGCGGAAAUCAGUGUUUUGGGAAGUGAGGUAGAGAGUCAAAAAAUAACUUGGUCGCCACAGAAGUGGACUGACCAAUACAAAGAUAUUACCUGUAUGUAUAAAUAUAUACAGACUCUUUCCAAAAAUUUCAAAUAUCAUGAAAAAGUUGUUUAACGCCUAUCAUAUGGAGGUAUCAGUGAUGGUUUUCCAGGUGCAGGUGCUUUGAUUGAGUGAAUUAGUGUGAGAUGCUCAGUCUAGGCAAGGCAAGUUUACUUGUACAGCACAAUUUGUGUACAAGACAAUUCAAAUAGCUUCACAAAGAAUUUCAAAAGCAGAAAACAAGAAAAGAAAAAUAAUAAAAAUUAGAUAAAAAGUGAAGGGUG